ACUGGCCAUUAUGGAGGAGGAGCUGCAGCAUUCACACUGUGUGAACUGUGUCAGUAGAAGAUGUAUGAUCAGACCAGAGCCUGGGAUUUCCUGUGACUUGAUUGGUUGUCCAUUGGUUUGUGGAGCAGUUUUUCAUUCUUGUAAAGCUGAUGAGCAUCGACUUUUAUGUCCAUUUGAACGAGUGCCUUGCUUAAACAGUGACUUUGGAUGUCCCUUUACCAUGGCCCGAAAUAAGGUUGCAGAACAUCUAGAAAUGUGUCCUGCAAGUGUGGUCUGCUGUACUAUGGAAUGGAACCGAUGGCCAGUUAGUUAUGCAGACCGCAAAUCAUAUGAAAAUCUAAGCAAAGAUGUUGAUGAAGUGGCACAAUUAGACAUGGCCUUGGCCCUUCAAGACCAAAGGAUGCUCUUAGAAUCUCUCAAAGUAGCCACCAUGAUGUCAAAAGCAACUGAGAAAGUAUCUGAACCUAGAGAACAAAUCUCAGUUAAAUCAAGUGUCCCAGAAAUACCACAUACUAAUGGUUUGGUGUCUGUUGAAGAAUCUUAUGGUGCACUUUAUCAGGCUACUGUAGAAACAACCAGAAGUUUGGCUGCUGCUUUAGAUAUCCUGAAUACUGCCACAAGAGACAUUGGCAUGUUAAAUACAAAUCUUUGUGCUUCCCCAGAUGAAAUGGAUAAAAAGCAAAAUGCCAGAGAAAGCUUACAGGAUAGAAACUUAAAAGAACAAGACCAUCUUCAUGAGGAUGACAUAGGAGCAGUAGGUGGAAUUGACUGUAAUGACACAAGUCAGAAUGCCCAGUCUGAACAAAAUGGUUCAAGUGAUUUAUUAUGUGACUUGAAUACAAGUUCUUAUGGUACUUCUGCUCUUUGUAAUGGCUUUCCUUUGGAAAAUAUAUGUACACAGAUCAUAGACCAGAAUCAGAAUUUCCAUGAUGAUUCAAAACAAAGUAGCUUAACAAAUGGAGAAUGUGUGGCAUCAGAUGGCACUUCAGAACCUUCCGGUUCACUUUCAGUAGCAGCGGAACUUAGGGAAGUAGUACCAUCCAGUGCUUUGCCUAAUGGCACAGUUCAGCAUAUCCUUAUGCCAGAUGAUGAGAAUGAAGGAGAAUCAUAUUGGAGAAAAGUAGACUUAGGGGACUUGAGGGAUGUGGAUGUCUUAUCUUUCAGUCCUGCUCCUUCAUUCAAAUUUCUUUAUAAUUCAUGUUGGUCUAAAUCAAAGGAAGAUAAAGCAGUAGAUACAUCAGAUUUGGACACUGCAGAAGAUCCCAUGGGCCUCCAAGGAAUAGAUCUGAUCACAGCAGCAUUACUGUUUUGUCUAGGAGAUUCUCCAGGUGGGAGGGGUAUAUCUGAUAGUCGCAUGGUUGAUAUUUAUCGCAUCGAUGUUGGAACUCAGACUUUUUCACUUCCAUCCGCAAUAUUAGCUACAAAUACAAUGGUUGGGGAAAUAGCUUCAGCUUCAGCUUGUGAUCAUGCCAACCCACAGCUUUCAAAUCCAAGUCCUUUUCAGACACUUGGGCUGGAUUUAGUAUUGGAAUGUGUUGCUAGGUACCAACCCAAGCAGCGUUCAAUGUUUACCUUUGUGUGUGGACAGUUAUUUAGAAGAAAAGAAUUUUCUUCACAUUUUAAGAAUGUGCAUGGUGACAUUCAUGCUGGACUCAAUGGCUGGAUGGAACAGAGGUGUCCUUUAGCUUACUAUGGUUGCACCUAUUCUCAGCGUAGAUUUUGUCCAUCAACACAAGGAGCAAAGAUUAUACAUGACCGCCAUUUGAGGUCAUUUGGAGUUCAGCCAUGUGUAUCUACAGUAUUAGUAGAGCCUGCUAAAAAUUGUGUGUUGGGAUUACUCAGUGACCAUCUGAGUAGUCUUCCUUUUGAGGUCCUGCAGCAUAUUGCAGGCUUUCUCGAUGGCUUCAGUUUAUGUCAGUUCUCACGUGUAUCCAGAUUAAUGAGGGAUGUAUGUGGCAGUCUGCUUCAGUCUCGUGGAAUGGUCAUACUGCAGUGGGGGAAAAGGAAGUAUCCAGAAGGAAAUUCAUCAUGGCAAAUAAAAGAAAAGGUAUGGCGAUUCAGUACUGCAUUUUGUUCUGUUAAUGAGUGGAAGUUUGCUGACAUCCUAAGCAUGGCUGACCACUUGAAGAAAUGCAGUUACAAUAUUGUUGAGAAACGAGAGGAAGCAAUCCCAUUGCCAUGUAUGUGUGUGACACGAGAACUCACUAAAGAAGGACGUUCACUACGCUCAGUUUUAAAACCUGUACUUUAAAAAUUUUAACUUCACUUGCACAUAUAUGCAAGCACCUAGUAUAAUUUCUUUGUAAUAUGUGACACUUUAUUAAUGUAUUAAAGAUUGCAACUAGCUAAAUUUAUUGUCACUAUGUAUAUAAUGUUUUGAAGUGAAAUAUAUUUUUAUAAAGUACUGUUUAGUUAGAAAACAGUUGCCUUAAUGUUUGAAAUGUGUGAAAUUUUUGAAACUUGCUGGACAGGGUGAUUUAAUUUUUAGCUACAUAAUUUUCCAAAUUAGUAUUUUUAAUGGUGUGCAUAUUUUGGUUCUUAAGGUUUUUGCUGCUUAAGCUAGCAAGAUCCUGACCAAACAAUUUAUUCCUCAUGUUUUCUGUGGGUUGCAGCCCAUGCAGUCAAAAAGCAAAACUUUGAUUCAAAUUUUUUCAGCAUAGGUUUUUCAUAUAAAACCUUCUGUUGCUUAAGUACUGCCGUAAAAUCUUUAUAAAGUUUUUAUUUCUAGUGCUCCCCUUAUACAAUUGUCGAUGCAUAGAUAUCUCUAAUAUAUACUUACGAAAUAUUUAAAUUCAUUCAUAAUGUUUGGAAAUGCCAUUUAUCAUGUUUUAAAAACAAUCUGCAAAGAUGUUUUCAUCUUAGGCACUUACAACUCUUAUACAGAGAGUGACCAUAUGCAACUUUCUGUUUCAUUAGACGCCAUAGCCAAAGACUUAUGGUGAUGUGAUAUGACAGGUUAAAGCAGAAGCGAGUAAACCAAAAGCAAGCCUGGGAAUUUACUUUAAUUUGAAACCGUUCUAUUAUGUAUUUGCUAGGUAUUUAAUGUUUGAAAACUAUAUACCUCAUUUUAAGUUUGAAUUGGGCAUAUUGUGUGAAUAAAUUUCAAAUAUUCAGAAUGUAAA